CCCGCCCCUCCGCCAUGGCCGAUGUGGAGGACGGGGACGAGCCCGGCGCCCCCCACUCGCACGCGGGAUCCUCGGCUUCUAAGGCGGGCGGCCCCGACAAGAUGUUCUCGCUGAAGAAGUGGAACGCGGUGGCCAUGUGGAGCUGGGAUGUGGAGUGCGACACCUGCGCCAUUUGCCGGGUGCAGGUCAUGGAUGCCUGCCUUAGAUGUCAAGCUGAAAACAAACAAGAAGAUUGUGUUGUGGUUUGGGGAGAAUGCAAUCAUUCCUUCCACAAUUGCUGCAUGUCCUUGUGGGUGAAACAGAAUAAUCGUUGUCCCCUCUGCCAGCAGGACUGGGUAGUCCAGAGAAUAGGCAAAUAAAGACACUGGAAGUUGUUUCUGUUGGACUUGUUGGAGUUGAGUAUGUCUUAUGCCAUACACUCAUACAGAAGAGUGGAAGCUCUCGAUCGUGGCAUGAUGUAUUCAGUUUAUCUGCAACACGGAACAGUGUGGUUUUGCUGUGUGCUCUUUGCUGUACUGGGAGGCAAUGGUGAGUCUUAUUGCAGGUAUUUCCACAACUGAAGAAAGAAAGGCACUGCAUUAAUGAAUGUGUCUGUUAUGAUUUGGCUGUUAACUAUAUCAAGAGCUUAGAAAUGUGAUGGUGCGGAUUGUUUGUACACCAAAUACAGCUCAUUUAAUGUUUCUACUUAGAGCAAUGAAUUAAUUUGAAAAGGAGACCUUAAUAUUAAAUCUGAUAUGCUGUAUAGUUUACUGUCUGAUAAAUUAAUUUGGUUUUGGAUAAAUACAUCAUUUUCUAAAUAAUACUGUAUACAAAAACACGAUCAGUAAGUUUUUUAGCAAGUAUUUUGUUUUUUUAAUCUGAGUAGUGUGUGAACACUAGCAUUCUCAUGUAGGUUUUCUUUAUGGCUGAAGAAAAUUUGUUGCAUCUCUGAAAUCUACUGCUGUGUAAUAUUCUACAUAUUUUCUGCAAUUGUAGUUACUCAAAUUUAACCACAUCUGUAGUUCUGUAUUUAUAUUCCUUUUAAACUUCAUGGACACAAUUACUUUAAAUCCAGAAAUUUUUGAUACAAGGACAUGUAUUGGAUCUCAGUUAACUAGUGGUGUAAACCGUGUUGUUGGUUAGCUGUCUAGUAUAGAAAACAAACAUAAGCAGUCACUUUAAUGUCCCAAGGAAAGCAGGUACCAAUUAGAUCUAGGAAUAUAAUGUUAAACUUUGCUGUUAUCAGAAUUCAUUUAUAGAAAUUUCUUCAUUGUUACUUUAUUGGAUUACACGUUUGUUUUGGGAUGUAAGAGAAAGCAUUGUUCCACUUCUGUGGAAAUCCUCAAUAUAUCAUCUUUUUGAUAUGAUCAGACCUGUGAUUUUUCCUGCACAUAUUUAAGUGCUUUACCCUAAGUAUCUGAGGUAACUACUAUUAAUCUGAACAUAUGUUCUGUUGUUUUUUUUAAAUAUAUGUAUGUAACGGAGUUAUUGAAUUACUGUUUUAAGUCUGUAAGAAAUUCAGACUUAAUAAAAUGGUUAAUAAACUUGGGUGGAAUUGAAGUAA